AUGCCCUCUCCUCCCACCACACCACGCCCCAAACGCACCUAUUUGUUCGUCAUUCCGACCAAGCUGGCUAUGGCGUCUGUCAUGCACAAUUGCUGUGGCAUGUCCUUUGCCAGCAUUUGCACACAGACACCUUUUUGCCAGUCAACAAUCAAGCCGCGUGCUCUUGCCAAGAGCAUGAAGAGAGUUGCCAAGCACUCUGGUAACUUUUACUACAACGGCAAGAAGGGUGCGUGUGGGAGGAAGAAGGCUGUGUCUGACGAACAGCUUGCGGAAGCGGGAGGACGGCUGGAUAACGGGGAGCUGGUGGAUGGUGAGCAAGUCCGGAACGCGCUCUCGCGUGGUGGCUUCUGUGGCUACGCCCAACAACAGAAGCUCCCUCUUACCCCACGACACCUCAUGCAGCGCGAGAACAUGUACAACACCUUCAAGGCGUGGACCGACCAGGAUGUGUUUGAUGCAGGAGUGAUGAUCAUCAGUGACAAGACCAAGAUGAUGCUUGGUUCAUCUGAUGGUCGUUGCUGGUGCCGUCGCCGCCGCGGGGAGGGUGCCAUGGACAUACACCGGGUUCAGGUUGAAGAACGCCAUGGCAAAUUCAACUUCAAGAUCAAUGUGUGGGGUGCGAUUGGACCACGUGGCGUCAGUGAGCUUGUGCUCAUUGAGGGCAAUCUUACUGCUGUCCAGUACAUGACAAUCCUUGAGCAUGUGCUCAUCCCCCUCUACAAUGACUACAAGUCCUGCCCACACUCUUUCCUCUACUUCCAGCAGGAUAAUGACCCGAAACACACGUCGAAGCUGGCAAAGCAGUGGCUCAAGGACAGCUGUUGGAGAAUAUACUCAGUCGGGGGCACAAUAGGGCAAACGACUGUGUAA